GCGGCCGCUGUUCGCCAGAAUCAACAGGUCUCCUCGCAGCCUGACUGUGCCCUCCAGUGGACGCGCGGAGCCUGAUGCCGCCGGGAGAUCAGCCAUGUUCCUCUGGCGUCACUGUGGGGAUUAAAACCACGUUUUUGUUUCUUUGAUCGGGAAGCUUUGUGGAGGGAAAUAAUACAACUGCAGGGGGUUGAGCUCACUUCGAUGCGACAUGCGUGGAAGCAGCCGCGAUCAGCUCUCCAGGAUGAGGACACAGCGAGGCGGCGGCGCGUCUUGAGCCGCGGAAGACACGAGGAUUAAGCGCAGAUCUGAAGUUUGGAGGGAUUUCUUCUUCAGCGUUGAGAGGGUGAGCUGGACCUGAGGCACCUGCAGGGCCACAUCACUGCAGAAUGGGCAACUUUUCAAGCAAGGACAACCACGGACCUGUAGGCUCCCAUCUGGAGAACUUCCACACACCACCUUCUUCUCCGCUGAGUGAUGGGACUGGAUCCAGCCCCAGUCCUGCCCAGCUUCAAGGGUCCCCUACGGUUCAAGCUUCAUCCUCCCCUGCAUCACCAGUCGCUACGACAAGCGGGAAGAAGGCACAACUCAGCCCCCCAGUCUCUCCCAGGAUUCCCAUUCCACCCCCCGACUGGAGUCCCCCUCCACCAGCUAGUCCUGGAGUUACCCCCUUGCACAAGAGAUCAGGAUGCACUUUUGGAGGCAGAGGUCGAUCUUCUUUGGGGAGGAACGGGGCUCCUCCGAGCUCCACACCAAGAACUUUGCCCUCUCCUAUAAAGAGUGUGGACAUUAGCCCAAUAAAGAGCCCUUCCUCGGUGUCCGCUGCUGCACCUGUUACCUGCUCUGUGGGGCAGAGCUUAAAGGAAAGAGACGGUGGUGAGGGGCAGCCUGUGGCACAGACCCCUGAGGAUACACAAAGCCAGGAUCGGGAGCUAGUGGAGCUGUUGAAAGAGUGUGCAUCGACGCUGGGAGUCACUUCAAGCCAGGACGGGACUCCAAAAGCAAAAGAGAUACUCAAACAUCUGCUGACAGAGGUGAACAGUUUAAAGACUACUUUAAAGACGGAGCGUGAAGAAUGGCUGCAGUUCCAAGCGGACCUCCAGGUGGCGGUGGCGGUGGCGGACCGUUUGAGAGCUGAGAUGGAGGAAGAGCUGGUUGCUCUCCGAAAAGCCCACAAAGACACAGAGAGGGAGCUGGCGGCUGCCCUGCAGAGGCAGAAGGAGGCUGACAUGCAGCUGGUCUCCCUGCAAGGAGAGCUGAAGGAGAGCAGGCAAAGACUGACCAUUUUGACCAGGGCCCCCGAGAAAGGUGAGGCCCGGGAUCCGCAUCAGACGCCAGACAGGUCCGGUGCAGAAUCUAAGUCUGAACACAAAGACGGGAGUGAAAGAGGCAGGGGCAUGGGAAGUAAAAGUCCAAGUGAUGCCGGUGAAGGUGCAAGAACGGAUUGUAAAGGUGGGACUAAAGGGUAUCUGAGAAAUGUGACCAAUGAGGACAGAGAUGGGAAGGAUGUGCAGCCCAGUGAGCCUCGAAGAGCUGUGACCUCAGAGAGGUCAAGAAGUCUGUCCAGAUUACCUGCCUCCCCUGACUCCCCCACCACGCAGAAUGGACCAACUCAACCCAAGGCUGCUUUAACACUUGAAGCCACCAAGAACUUUGGACAGCAGAGAGCACGGAGAAGUUUGGAUUGGCAGGACAGCCAGUUGAACAGCGAUGCAGGAAAGCGUGAGGAGUCCCUGAAUAAGCAUAACUCGGCUCUCACUGAGCUGCCGCACACAAAUAAUUGUCUUGCUGUUAGAUCCCAGGAUGGUCUGAGUGUCCUGCUGCGUCGUCACGGAGGCUCAAAGAGAAACUCUCUGCUCCGCUGGUGUCAGAACCGAACCCAGGGCUACAAGAACAUUGACAUCACUAAUUUCAGCAGCAGCUGGGCAGACGGCCUGGCCUUCUGUGCCGUCUACCACACCUACGUCCCCUCUCACAUCCCCUUCAGCACCCUCUCUCCAGAGAACAAGAAAGAGAAUCUCAGCCUGGCAUUCAAGACCGGAGAGGGUGUGGGGAUUACACAAACUCUGACAAUAGAGGAGAUGCUGCGAGCAGGUGGACCGGACUGGCAGAGGGUACUGAGCUACGUGGAGAGCAUGUACCGCCACUUUGAGAUGUGACUAGCAAAGUUAGGAAGAUACAAGUAUUUAAAGCAAUGGUACCUCUAAUGCUACCUUCUCUUGGAUAUAGAAAUUCUAUUAUUUUUUCGAUGCAGAUCACCUUUGGAAACAAAUAAAAGUUUGCGUUUAGCUCAACGGCAAGAGGGCAAGAACUUCUAAAUCCCAUAAAGACCAAAACAACAUCAUCUAAAAAAAAGUAUCUUAUUAAGCUGAAGUAAAAUUCAUAAAUUCUUAUGAUUAGAAAAAAAAUGAACUUUCAAACUUUCUGACCCCUUUUGAUAAAAGAAAAUGUUUAGUUGCUGUACAUGUGUCUACACUGGUACUCAACGCUUAGAAAGUACUGUAGUGCAUAAAAGCUUUAGCUUUACAUGGUUUAAGCUGCCAAAAUAUUUGUCUUUUAGCUUUUGUAUGUUUUCCUUUCCAGUUUUUUUACCCACUCUGUAGACGAGCACUUCUGCUUUGUGCUGUGAUUGCAUCAGUUCUUUGUUUCAAGCUUUAAAAAAGCAAGAAUUAGUAUGAGAAAGUCCAAAAGAUUCGAUUUUUCUUCCCUUUUACACUGUCAAAAGUGCCUCAGUGUUCUAUCUGCGUGUGUCCUUGGUUGUGCUUUGCAAAAAAUAAUAAAGCAAAAGCGAAUGCAGGCCCAUACAAGCAUGCCCUAUUCAUUUCCACAUCACCUGAAGUUUCUCAUGCAUCCACACUCUCACACACACCUGGAACUGCUUUGACAACUUUGAAGGCAGGUCUGUUGCCAAAGCUGUACACGUCAAACUGGAAAAAACGUGCCUUUGAUUGUGAAAUGUAUGUAUCUAGUGUUAAAAAAAUGCAAAAGCAAUAAAGAGUUAAAAAUA